AUGAAGGUCGCCGGCGUUUUGGUAUUCUCGGCGAUUCCUUUCACGGCCGUGAAAACCAUCGCCAACAGUCCACUCGGACAGUCGCUCCAGAGGCGAAUGGAGGAGAAGAAGCAGCUAUAUCAGGAAAAUUGGUCGAAAUUGAAGGUGCUUUCCGACAAGGCACGAGCUGAGAGCAUGUGGUAUGGGGAGGAUCGCCCUCGCUGGCUUGGUCCGAUCUCAUAUGACUAUCCUGGCUAUCUCACUGGUGAACUGCCUGGGGAUUAUGGUUUUGAUAUUGCGGGUUUGAGUCAGGACCCUGUGGCCUUGCAGAAAUUCUUUAAUUUUGAAAUACUUCAUGCUAGGUGGGCUAUGCUUGCUGCACUUGGUGCUUUAAUCCCUGAAAUAUUAGACCUAAUAGGAGCAUUCCAUUUUGUGGAACCUGUUUGGUGGCGAGUAGGCUACUCAAAGCUUAAGGGUGAUACCUUAGACUAUCUCGGCAUUCCGGGUUUCCAUUUGGCUGGAAGUCAAGGAGUGGCUAUUAUAGCAAUCUGUCAAGCCCUUCUGAUGGUUGGUCCAGAAUAUGCACGAUAUUGUGGUAUUGAGGCACUUGAGCCUUUAGGUAUAUAUUUGCCUGGCGACAUUAAUUAUCCUGGAGGUGCACUUUUUGAUCCCUUAAAUCUCUCUAGAGAUUCCACUGCUUUUGAGGAACUAAAGGUGAAGGAGAUUAAGAAUGGCCGUCUGGCUAUGGUUGCCUGGCUAGGCUUUUAUGUUCAAGCUGCUCUAACAGGUAAGGGUCCUCUACAGAACCUUCUCGAGCACAUUGCAGAUCCAUUGCACAAUAAUCUGCUUUCAACUAUAGAAUCUUUUCAUUUGUUCUGACCCUCAAAUUCAUUAUUAGUUAAUAUGUAAUGUAAAUACAUAAUGUUCUCAUCACAUUGAUCCUAUGUAAGUCCCGUGGAAUAGCGACAACAGAAUGCGAAUUUGUUCUCGUUUUUAUCCAACUAUAAUACACAAUGAGGAUGUGUCAUCAUUUAUUUUCAAAGCAAUGUAAUACGAGCUUUAUUACGAUGGUUCCUUCAUCCGAGUCUUGCGUUGCUUGAUCUUAUGCAGUGAAAAGUAAUCAUAUAAAAAAGUAAAGAUGUUUCAGGCACUAUUUUUUACUUGAGUAAAAACAUGGAGUUUGAUGUAUUCAAUUGAUUGAACUAUCAAAAGAUUAGGGCUGUUGUAGUUGGAUUGCAUAGCUGCACUUGAUGAUUUUGAGCUCGAAUUAUAGGUACUGGAGCAGUGUUCGUCUAUUGUUCUAGCAUGAAUUAAUUGUUUUGAUUGGAUUGUUUAGUGAAGAUUAC